AGGAGUUACAGUUUCCGCUGUCUCGCGCAGUGUGGGCUUCCUUUAAAGCUUCGUAUCGGAGUUUUUUGGGUGGUGGCUGUUUGCCUUCAUAAGUUCAGUUCCAGCCAGGCGCAAAUUUAAAUACAGUGUAGGAUUAUUCACUUAGAAGGAAAUUGUAUUAGAUCGUUUGAUCUGUGUUGAAUGCAGUUACUACUAGACAGUGAUUUGGUUUUUUUCUACUGUUUUUGGGGGAGAAUAACAUUAGCUAGCGAGCUAAGUUAACAGUUCGCACAACAAAGAGUGGUCUAGCUUGGCAUAGCUGGCUUUACAGUAGCUUACCCUACAUAUCAGCUGUCCGAGUAGCUUAGUCAAGAGGAUCGGCAGAGAGUUACGGACCGAUGCAGGCCAUAAAGUGUGUGGUUGUGGGAGACGGGGCUGUGGGUAAAACAUGCCUGCUGAUCAGCUACACAACAAAUGCUUUCCCAGGGGAGUACAUCCCCACAGUGUUCGACAACUACUCUGCCAAUGUGAUGGUAGAUGGGAAGCCGGUGAACUUGGGACUGUGGGAUACAGCAGGGCAGGAAGACUAUGACAGACUGCGCCCGCUCUCCUACCCGCAGACAGACGUGUUUUUGAUCUGCUUCUCACUUGUGAGUCCUGCCUCCUUUGAAAACGUCCGUGCCAAGUGGUAUCCAGAGGUCAGACACCAUUGCCCAAACACUCCUAUCAUUCUUGUGGGCACCAAGCUUGAUCUGAGAGAUGACAAGGACACCAUCGAAAAACUGAAAGAAAAGAAGCUGACUCCUAUCACCUACCCUCAGGGUUUGGCCAUGGCUAAAGAGAUUGGAGCAGUGAAGUACCUGGAGUGCUCAGCCCUGACGCAGCGUGGCCUUAAGACGGUGUUUGAUGAGGCCAUCCGGGCGGUACUGUGCCCCCCGCCAGUCAAGAAGAGGAAGAGGAAGUGCUUGCUACUGUAAACUCCCACUGAAAAAAAAGUCUGCAAUCUGAGCUCACCUAUGGGGGCGAAGGGAGAGUGAGGGAAGAGGAAAUGCCACGAAGCAUGUACAUUCAGAUAUGCCAUUUUCUCUCAUGUAUUGAAAUUAGUACUACUUACAACUGAUUUUAUUGUACAAGUAAAAUCAUACAGUUAGCUCUAGGAAGGAGGAAAAUUAUAACCCAACCCUUUCCCCCGUACAUACAAUACUAAAGAAUUCCUGCUGCCUUCUGAUUUCUACUUUCUUUUUUAAUUUCUCUGGAAAGGUAAACGAGACGUGUUCUUUUCAACUUCCCUUCCUUUCUGCUCAUCUUGAGAGCCUGUGUUGUUUGUUUACAGUCUUCAAUUGUAUUGAACUGAGGUGUUGCCAAAAUGUGUACUGCAGAUAGCGGCGGUCAUUGAAGUCUUGCUCCAAACUCUAAUUGUACGGUUUAUUUUUGUUUAUAAGGUUUACAUCUGUACAGCACAGAAAAUAAUUUGGUAUCUUGAAGGAAAUGGUUGUAUGGAUAAAAUAAUAAAUCGGAAACAAGUAAGGUAUGACUCAUAGCUUUCACAAAUGACUGUUGCUGCAGAGCUUUCAAUGAGGAUACAUUAUAGCCAUGCUGAACAAGGGGAAUUCAGAUUAAUCUUAGUGUGGAUUUGAUUAACUCUGAGAUGCGUUAUCAAUGCAAGGGUUAUUUGAGCAGGAAUACAGCCUUCACUGCAUUAUUUUAACCAGAAUGACUAAGUACACUAUAAAUAAACUACCCAGCUGAGACAUAACCAGUACAGGUGUUGUCCUCUGUUCUUGGAGUGAACAUGCAGUAUUUCAGAGAAGAGGCUCAAGGCUUCUGCCUUGUACUGGAACAAGUGUGUCUAGAAUGGUUUGUCAUUCAACAAAAGGGGGUUCCUCAUUAUCCGCCCACUUUGUAUUGACCCCUCCAUUUAAUCAAACAGAAGAAUUUAACAAAUAGGAAGCAUUUAUGUAUAUUACUAAAUGCAUUUUAUAAGUAUUGUCUGAAGAGCCAUUAUUGUGUAGCCCAGGCGCUGAGCUUCACAUUGAAGAUUGCUGCACUGCAUUUUCUUUGGGCAUUGAAAUAAUCCAUUAAUUACACCAUUCACUUCUACUUGUGUUGAAUAUGAAUAUGAGUAUGACAGUUCCAUCACAGUAGCCGUUCUUGUCCUGAGGCAAAGCAUUUACGUGUGCGACCUUAACAAAGAUGCGAGUGUGGCUGCUUCAGCCAUGUUCAGAAGUACAAGUCAAUGUUUUUUCUGUUAUGUGAAUUGGCAGUUUUUAUUCUCCAUCAAGUUAUUCAUUACUGUAUUUUUAAACUAACACUCAAUGAUGUAUUGUUCAUUACCUCUUGAAGUUAUAACUGUUAACAUUACCUUAAUCUCUUACAACUUUAUAAUUUUAUCAUGCAGAUAUUAUGCAGUGUACUUUGGUAGCGGACUGGUAAAUUUUGGAAUUG